GUGAGUGUUGGUGGUUGGUGGGCAGAGUGCAGAGUUGCCUAGAAUAUUCUCAAUCUUUCAUCGCUUUAUCUGGUACACUCCUGAACUCCCUGCCUGCUUCUGUCUUUCCUGUAGACUGAAUCUGUGCUUUGUUUUAUGGCAAAUUAGGACAAAAUAAGAAUGGCGUCGUAUUUCGAGGAGCACAACUGUCAGCCCCUCGGUCCCGGCCAGACCCCAGACCACUUCCUCCACCUGGCGCGUCUCCUCCUCCACACUGGUUACUGGCAGGACCUGCAGCUGGAGUUCUCACAGCUGUCAGGAUUGGGAGAGAGGCCGCCCCCACCUGCUGCCAAGGAUGUGGUGGAUAACUUACCCAUUAUUACUGAACAUAAGAAGGGCAGCCAGUGUGCAGUAUGCCUGAAGGAGUGGCUGCAGGAGGAGGAAGGGAAACAGCUGCCCUGCUCUCACACCUUCCACUCUCCUUGCAUUCUUCCCUGGCUGGCCAACACUAACUCCUGUCCUCUCUGUCGCCAUGAGCUGCCCACUGAUGAUGACGACUAUGAGGAGAUGAGGAGACAGAAGAAACGGGCCAAGGAAAGAGAAGCAGAUCUUGAGGUUCUUCAUAAUUCCAUGUUCUCUUAGCAUGCCUGAGAGAGAGAGAGAGAGAGAGAGAGAGAGAGAGAGAGAGAGAGAG